UUGAAUGAAGCUGUUUGGGGUUUGAAGUAUCCAGCUUGCAUUGGCUUGCACCAAUCUCCAAUCGAUAUUCAGAGGAAAAAAGUGAAGUUUAAUAUGACUCUACCCCAUUUGGAGUUAAUUGGAUAUGAUGGACCACACGAGGGACCAUUCCUGAUGAUCAAUAAUGGACAUUCAGUUGCAAUAAACUUGCCACCCUCCAUGUUUAUCAGCAAAGGGUUGCCAAGUCGUUACACAGCGGUUCAGAUGCAUUUCCACUGGGGUGGCCUUGACCUGGAGAGCAGUGGCUCAGAGCAUACAAUUGAUGGCAUCCGCUAUGUGGCAGAGCUGCAUAUUGUUCACUAUAAUUCAGACAAAUACAGCAGCUUCUUGGAAGCUUCUGAUAAAGCAGAUGGAUUGGCCGUGCUCGCGUUUUUCUAUGAGGAUGGUCACUUCGAAAACACGUACUACAGCGACUUUAUAUCCAGCUUAAGCAAAGUCAGAUAUGCAGGGCAAUUCACAAAAAUACAGCCAAUAGACAUUAGGAACAUGCUGCCCCAUAACCUCUCAAACUUCUAUAGGUACAGAGGGUCUUUAACAACUCCACCUUGUUUUGAGACAAUAAUCUGGACCAUUUUUGACACAACAAUUGUGCUCUCAUCCAAUCAGAUCAGGUUAUUAGAAACUUCUGUGCUGGAUUGGGAAAACAAAACUUUGAAGAAUGAUUAUCGACGCGCACAGGCCAUCAAUGACAGAAUCGUAGAAGCCUCUUUUCAACCUGCUGUGAUGAAAGGUUCCUGCCAUCUUGAAACAAUUCAUGAGAAAUUGGACAAAAUUGAAGCGAUUCUGAACAAUGUUGAUGCAAAUGCAGAAUCAAGAUAUACAGCUAAUGACACUUUUUCUUCAAUUAUUUUGGAAGGCAGCAAAUUGUCUUCCCACCCCAGUUUUCACUUCUCUGAGGACAGCCUCUCCAGUUUCGUUGAAAUCCAAACUCUUCGCAACAUGAAUCUCAGUUCCUUUACCAUCUGCAUGUGGGUCAGGACAAGAGACUCCCAGCCGAGAAUUAUUCUAUCGUAUGCAACAGAGGACAGUGACAAUGAACUGGUUAUCUCUGUGGGUUUCGACUGGGGACUAUGGAUUGGAGGGCACUUUGUAAACAUGACAUUGCACUUCAGUCCAAAUGAAUGGGUGCACUACUGUGUGACGUGGACUUCUCAAUCAGGAGCUGUGGAAAUGUGGACUAAUGGACUGUCAGGAAGGAUCGAUUAUCUGAAGAAAGGGUAUGUUAUUAAAACUGGUGGUACCCUGCUGCUGGGUAAAGAUCACGAUGGCAUUGUGGGCAUGUUAUCUGAUGCUUUCAUUGGUGACAUUACCACUGUUAAUAUGUGGGAUUAUGUUCUCAGUCCCUUGGAAAUUCGAAAUUUAAUGGAAUGCAGAUAUAGAUGGAAAAGGGGAAAUGUUAUAGGUUGGGGAAAGAGUUCCACAGCAGUAUUUGGUGGGGUGAAACUCGAAGAGGAUAGCAUUUGUUUAGGGUAA